GAGUAAUAUAGAAUACUUCCGGGUUUGAAUGCGGCAUGUUUUGAGUGUGUUGCAAAGUCGUUGCACCAGACAAAGUUUGUUUACUUUUAAAACUUUGAAGACGUGUCAGACAAUUUUGCCGAUAACAAGUAUUUUGACUGUACGAGGGGAACACGCACACAGCUUACCUAUGGGUCGUUCUAAACGAAACAGGAAGAGAAAGCAUCAAGAUGGACAAUCUCCGAGUCAGACACAGGAUAACAGAUCAAACGAAAGGAACUACAAAUUGCCAGAAAGAAAAAAUGAACUGUUUGUGAAGUACUAUAAGGAGCAGAAAAUAGUCCCUGAGGGAGAAUGGGAGACAUUUGAAGAAAUUCUUAAAACAGAUCUCCCAGUCACUUUCCGUAUCACAGGUUCUCGCAACCAGGCCAAGGAGCUACUGCGGGUGAUUAAAGGACAGUACUUCAACAGUCUUGUCAACCAGACCCUAGAGGAUGGUGUUAAAAUCGAUCCCCCCAAAAACCUACCCUGGUACCCUGAGGACAUGGCUUGGCACAUUGACAUGAGCCGCAAGUACAUACGCAGCAGCAACAUCAUGCGCAAACUACACGAGUUCCUUGUUGCUGAGACUGAGAGUGGUAACAUCAGUCGCCAGGAGGCUGUCAGCAUGAUUCCACCACUGUUGAUGGACAUUAAGUCACACCACAAGAUUCUGGAUCUGUGUGCUGCUCCAGGAUCCAAGACGGCUCAGCUGAUCGAGUAUCUUCACGCAGCGGAGGAUGAGGACAGGCCUAUCCCAGAGGGCUUUGUGAUUGCCAACGACAAGGACAACAAGCGCUGUUAUCUCAUGGUCCACCAAGUCAAGAGACUACAGAGUCCCAACUUCAUGAUUGUCAACCAGGACGCCACAAUCUUCCCCAAGAUACGAAUCACUCCAGAGGAUGAAAAACCAGAUUUUUUGUAUUUUGACCGAAUUUUGGCUGAUGUCCCAUGCACGGGUGACGGCACGAUGAGGAAAAAUCCAGAUGUCUGGGGCAAAUGGAAACCUAUAAACGGGCCCAACCUUCAUUUCUUACAGGUCAAGAUACUGAAGCGAGGUUUGGAGUUGUUGAAUGAAGGAGGUCGCCUUGUUUACUCCACCUGCUCCUUCAACCCUGUCGAAGAUGAAGCAGUCGUGGCUGAAAUGCUCAGGCAGUGUAAAGGGUCAGUGGAGCUGGUGGACAUGAGUGAGAGUCUGCCUGGCCUCAAGUUUGUGCCCGGUCUGUCCAAGUGGAGGUUGAUGUCCAUGGAAGGAGAGUGGUUUGAUGUUUUCGAGAAUGUCCCAAAGAGAUUUUACGGUACAUUCAGACCCUCAAUGUUUCCCCCAACUGAUGAGGAAGCAGCAAAGAUGAAUCUGAACCGAUGCAUGCGUGUGUUGCCGCAUCACCAGAACACAGGGGGAUUCUUCAUCUGUGCCCUCAAGAAGGUGUCGAACCUGCCGUGGACAAAAGAAAGGAAACCAGUUGAACAAACAAUGGCGACAAAGAGUUCUGAUCAGGAGGAGACAACUCCAUCAGAACCAGAAGCUGCCUCAACAACAGAGAGGAAUUCGGAUGGAAGGCCGCCUCAGAAGAGACAGAAGAUAUUUGGAUAUAAAGAGGACCCGUUCCUGUUCUUCAAUCCAGAUGAUAAAGUGUGGCCCCCUAUCAAGAAAUUCUACAAGGUUCCGGACGACUUCCCCGUGAGUCAGAUCAUGUACAGGUCGGAGCUCGGCAACAAGAAGAACUUGUACUAUGUGUCUCCUUCCAUCCGCAAAAUAGUGCAAUACAACAUGGACAGAAUCAAGUUCAUCAACAUGGGGUUCAAACUAUUAAGCAGGAAUCCAUCGCCCAUCGUGCCUGAGUGUGACUUCAGGAUUUCACAAGAGUGUGUGGGCCUCCUGUACAAGUGGUUCCCCGGCCGGUAUGUCCAAGUCACCAGGUCUGACAUCAUCAUGCUGUUGAGCGAGGAAAACCCUUACAUUAUCAAGUUUACCAAGAAUACUCAGGAGCAGAUCGAUAAAAUAAGUCAUGGGAGUGCUGUAUUUCACUUCAAGCCAACUGAACAGGAUCCAGACCCAAAAUGUGAUAUAGUGUUCACGGGGUGGAGAGGGAAGGUCUCCAUUAGAUCGUUUGUAGCCAACUUCGACAGACAACACUUCCUCCUCCUGUGUGGGAUGGACCUCCAGGAAAUCAGAGCGAAAGUGCAGGAAGAGAAAGCAAGAAAGAAGGCAGCUGAAGUGAUGAAGGAAAAGACUGGGCAGGGGGAAGCUGGAGAAGGGGAGGGGGACUCCAAAGAAGGGGAGGGGGACUCCAAAGAAGGAGAGGGGGACUCAGAAGAAAAGAUUGAUUCAAAAGGAGACCUUAAAGUGAAUAUGGGCUCUAAAGAAGAGAUUGUUGAUUCUAAAGAUGGGGAUGUAGAAGAAGUGAAAGUGGACUCUAAAGAUGGCAAGACAGCCAAGGCUGGUGUUGCAGAAAUGGAGCAGACAUGAUAGAUGUAUGAAUCUGUAUGACGUCGGGAGACUGUGUGCUGGAGAUCUGAUGGAAGUGAAAAUAUAACUUUCUGUAGAUUCCAACACUGUGAAGGAGAUUGAUAGGAAAAAGAAAAAGAACAUUUGCUUUUAUUACUGUACAGAUUUGUGUACAAAAUUACAAAGAAGUACUUUUUUAAUUGUGAAAAUUUGUCAAGUGCAAUCUUUUAUGAUUGGUUUAAAUAAAAUUGAGCUAUGUUUUAAUUGAGACAUCAAGAUUUAUUACGACAUGGCUAAGAUUCGAGUUGUUUCCAGAGUACAAUUGAAAACUGUGAAAACUUUUCUUCGAAACCUGGUGCAUGUACACUGCUGUAAAGAAUAACUGAGGUCAUCAAACGUUUUUAAAUUUAAUAGGGCCAGUACAAAAUAUUACCUACUUGCAGGGAAAGUUGAGUUUAGGAAAUGUUAAGAACCUUGUUUAUUCUGUAAUAUUCCACCAGUAUGAGGGUGGACCAUACAGUCCAGUGCUUGACAUCAUGAGCGCACUCACGCACGCACGCAUUUACAUCGGUAUAUAAGUGCAAUAAUCUUGGACAUAACCUUAAACCCAAUUUCACCUCACCUCACCUCACCUCACCUCACCUCACCAUGAAUGCACCACAUGUGACGUCAUAGAUCCAUGACUUAAGAUGCACCAUUUGUCUUGUUCAGGAUGAGUGGGUAAAUUUGGCAAAUUACUGCAGUAUUUUGUGAUAAGAAUAAACACUCUGUGGUUUACACUUGA